AUGAGGCAAGCUCCAAGAACAAGGUCAGGAACCAAGAYCUUAAGAGAGGAGUUCAACAAGACAAUAGAAAGCUUAAUCACCCUAAUCGAGCAUGAAGACCUCAAGAAGACACUCCUCACCAAAGAGAUCAUUCAAGAAGACAAUGUAGGCAUAACAAAGACUCAAUGCUUUGAAGAUGAUCAAGAUCACGUCAACAUGGAGUUGGAAAUACAACAAGAAAGCAAGAACAAAAAAGAAUGGCUUAAGAACCAAACUACAACGUUUCUGCCGGUUCUACAAGGAAACAAUGAAUCAAACAUUUUCAUCAUUUCAAAGAGCCUUUGA